AUGGAAGAUGCUCAAUCCACAAUUGAUUCAUUGAGAGAACUGAAUACCAAGUUCAUUCUUCAAAUUGAUGAACUUAGAAAGGAGAAUGGUGAUAUCAAGGUUGAAAAUAUAAAAUUAAAACAAGAUAAAGCAAAAAUCGAAGUUAGAUUUGUGAAAUUAGAGCAGAAUGAUAAAGAUACUGUUACUGAAAAUGCUGAACUUAAAGCUAGAGUUGCCCAAAGGGUCAUCCUAAAUAAUUACCAAUCUUUAGUUAAUAUUACCUUUACCGAAAUGAUAAAUUCUAGCCAUUCUAAUGAAUCCAAUAAUGCUUUAGUAUCUGAUAUAUCUGUUAAUGCUUUAGUACAAAUAUGCAGGCUUAUGUCAAAUUCUGAUGAUACUCUUGAACAGAUAGAAAAUAGUAAGUUAUCCACAGCCUCUUUGCCACAAGAUAUUAUUAAUAAUAAUUUAGCCAAGACCCUUGAUUUUGUAGAAAUGAAAUGUAAAGAAUAUGUUAAUAAAGAGAUAAUAGAGAGAAUUAGAAAAAAGAAACUUCAGAAACAAAACUUAUCUUCGAAUAAUAAUUCACCAGAACCAUCCAAUUUAUCAUACAAAGAUCAAAAUUUGAAAUCUUCUGAUUUAUUAGAACAACUUCCUAUAAAGCAAAAAAAUAAAACACUUAAAAUAUAUAUAAAACCUUUAAUACAAGAACUAAAUAUAAAAACUUUAAAGAAGGAUACUAUUAAAAUUGUUAAUGUAGAUGCUUCAGAGAAGCAAUCCUCUAUAUUUAGCUACUGUGUGACUGCCUUUGACAAAAAUUCUACAGAUAACCAAUUAUCUACAAUCAAAUUGUAUAUCUAUUCAAAAGAAUUUGAUGAAAUUGCUAGCUGGUAUUCAUAUAAAAAGUUUUUUGAAAAAAGACAUAGUGAAAUUUUAUCUGAAAUUCUAAAAAAUAAACUACAACUUACAAAACAAAAAGCAUAUAAGCUAGCAAGUAGCCAAAUUUAUGAUGAAAUGUUAUGUUAUCUUUCAACUAAGGUAAGUAUAUCUAAUACUCCUGACUCUUCUAUCUUAAGAAAAUUAGAUAUUAAUAUAACUAGCUCUACUAAGGUAAGUGCAUUGCCUGAGAAGGUUUCGCUAAAAAUUCAGCAGUUUCCUUAUUUAACUCUGAAAUAUAGUAAUGAGUAUGGUGACUAUUUUAAUUGUCCAAAAACCUGUCUCAUAUGUAAUAAAGAGCAUAAAAGAGAUGAUGUAAAAGGUGAGUGGAGGAGUGGCGAUUAUGUUAAUACAAAAACAUAUUGUCUUACAUGUUGA